AUGUCAAUGGGGCUGGAGAUCGGAGGGGUGUCCCUGGCCACACUGGGCUGGGUGGGCUGCAUCCUGUCCUGUGCCUUGCCCAUGUGGAGAGUGACGGCCUUCAUCGGGGCCAACAUCGUCACGGCUCAGGUCACCUGGGUCGGGCUGUGGAUGGAGUGCGUCUUCCAGAACCCUGGGCAGACGCAAUGUAAGGUGUACGACUCCAGGCUGGGCUUCCCUGUCUACAUGCAAGCCUCCCGGGCUCUGAUGGUCAUCUCUAUCAUCCUUGGCCUGCUCUGCAUCCUGGUCUUCCUCAUGAAGGCACGGUACGUCCGUUGCGCCACGGACGACCGCACCAGAUCCAUGGUCACCAUCGCCGCCGGCGUUGUCUUACUGCUGACUGGCCUCAUGACCCUCAUCCCCGUCUCCUGGUCGGCCAGUUCCAUCAUACGCGACUUCUACAGCUUCUACAUGCCAGGGUCCCAGAAGUGGGAGUUGGGGGCUUCCCUCUACAUCGGUUGGGCCGCCUCUUUCCUCCUCUUUUUCGGAGGGGCCCUGCUCUGCUGCUCCUGCCCCCCCAAGGAGGAACGGUACCAGCCCACCAACAUGGUCUACUCCGCGCCCACAUCCAUGAUGGCUAGCUAUGACAAGAGGAACUCUUCUGCUUCUCCUUGUGGGACUGCAGGCUGCAGCCUCUGGGUAACAUCUGGGAACUGCAUGCUAGGGGUCGGUGACCAGGACUAG